AUGGCUCGCACUAAGCAAACUGCCUGCAUGUCUACCAUCGGAAAGGUCCCCAAGAAACAAUUAGCCUUCAAGGCAGCACGCAAGUCCGUUCCCAGCACAGGCGGGGUGAAGAAGCCUCACAUGUACAGACCUGGCAAGGCUGGCAUUGUCGCCCUCCGUGAAAUUCGUAAGUAUCAAAAGAGCACAGAGCUAUUGAUCAGGAAACUCCCCUUCCAAAGGUUGGUUCGUGAACGCGCUCAGAACUUCAGGAAUGAUCUGCAUUUCCAGAACCAUGCUGUUCUCGCCAUUCAGGAAGCAGCCGAUUUAUACCUUGUUGGUUUAUUUGUAGACACCAAUCUCUGUGCUAUUCAUGCCAAGCAAGUCACUAUAAUGUCCAAGGACAUCCAGCUCGCGAAGAGGAUCAGGUGUCAAGGUGCUUAAGCCUCUUAAAUGUCGAAUAUAUUUGCUGAGUUCAAGAUUGUAAUGUCAA